AAGAUGAACGUAAAAGUACUAAGUUUCGCGCUCGUUACGGCUGCCUCGGUGUUGUUGGUCAGCGCCGACGAUGCGCCACAAAAGCCAACGGACCCACUUCUAAGCUCGUUGGACAACAUAACAAAGAAAGUUCAAAUGAUCAAAGCUCGAUUGGACAAGACUCUCAACGAGACCAAGAGCUCGGGUUUGUUGGAGAAGGGUCGUCAUGACACUCUCAUCGAGACGGGCUACCGUCUGACGCCUGGAGCAGGUUACCACAAGCUGUACUUGAACGAGAUGAGCUGGCACGACGCCCUGAACUUUUGCCGGCGGAAAAAUGCCCAUCUCGCCGUCGUCAACUCGACCGCCGAAUUAGACGUACUGGGUAACGCGGUUAAAGAGAGAUUGGCGCCGCUGACCGGAGAAAAGAGCAUGGCUUACAUUGGUAUGCACGACUACAAUUCUCCUAACGUUUGGUUGGAUGUGUUCUUUCAAAUUAUUGAAAAACAAAAUUAUCUGCGUUGGUCGAAGCCGACGCACCCAAGAACGGAGACCGAGGCAGGAAACUGCGUUGCCGUUGACGAGGAUGGCGACAUGCAUGUCGUAGCCUGCAAACGUAAACUACCUUUCAUAUGCGAGGCCGAAAUCUAAA